ACAUAAAUAUUGUGAACACAGAAAAGGAAACUAGCAAACGGAAAAACAAACAUACGAAUAUAUUCAUGGGUAAAAGCAAGUGGAUUGAUUGCGUCGAAUAUCUGGGAAUUUGAAUUGGUGCAGAAUAAAGCGCAAUUUUAAUUAUUCAUGAUAGAUUUGUGAAUUUGAAAGCAAAAUUAAUUAAGGUGCGCUGUUUUAUAAAAUAGAAAAUUUUUGUAAAGAAAUCAGGAGAAUUGUAACAACGCAAGAAAAUAUUUGUGACGAAAAAUCUGAAAACAGAGUAUACUGCGACAUAUGGAAUACAGGUGAAAACAAUUUGUCAAGUGAGACAUUCACUUUUCAAUCGAAGUGAAUACUAAAUCAAUAGUUGAAAAUCUAGCAAAUUAUUAGGUGCUUGAAAAAUCGAACUUCUAAGCAGAAGAAAAAGCUUCAAUACAUUCAUAGUAUAUCAAAGUGCAUUCAGUAACAAAAUUUGACGCAUAUAAUCCGAGUGAAUGUCAAAUAUUAUAGUUGCUAGAGGAGUGGAUGUAUAGAGUGUACGAAAACAUACUGUUUUGAAUUACCUACGCUCAUAUUGUAAUUAAAUUAACGUUAAUUGGCUGGUGAACGUAUAAUGUUUUGAAGAAAAUACAUGCAUAUUCUUAUAUUGGUAGCCCAUUAGCUAACGAUUCAAGAACUAUUGGAAAGACAGGAAAUUUGAUAUUUAAUCAGUGGCAAAAUAAACAAAAUAAACAGAGGCAAGUUCGAUUGGACCCAACCCAUUAAAAGUGUUUCGUACGCGUACUUGUGACUAAGGCUAACUGAUAGCCUUAGAUCCAUAGACAGACAAUAACGUGCCAGUGUCGCUGCAACAAAAACAAAACACCAUAACAAACCCAUUGCGGGAGGCGUGCCAUCACAAACGGUGCUAGUUUUGUUCUACGUCGUACUUUUUGUAUUUUCUGUGGCUCUUGAACUGAUAAGGUUGUGUGCAGCGACACAAGGUAGGUGCAGAGUGUAAACAAUAACUUAUCAGGGUGUAGAUAUAGAUCGCAAAGCUAUCGCCGAGUGCACACUCACAGACAUUUAUGAAGACUUAACAAUAACAAUAAUCGGUCAAAAAGAGCUGGAACAAACGCAGUAACACCAGCAACAACAUCGCCGCACAAGUACAAACAAAUAAGAUAAAUAAUAAUAAAAUACACAAGUAAAGCCCAAUCGAAAACAAAACAAGACCGCAAAUAGCAAAACAAAGCGUAGCACACGAAAAGCGGGCAAAAUAAAGAGCAACGCUCCAUUGAUGCCGUUGAGUUGUUGUUGAGCCAUAGAGCUGCAAGCUGGCGAACUAAAUGGUCGCGCGAAUUAAACAGAAUCGCAAAUAUACACACAUUGCUGAAGUGAAUGUUGUUGACUAGUUGUGAUCGUUUUGCUCCGUUUGUGUUGCUCUAAUUGUUGCUAGUGCUUUGGAGUCUGCAGUGCACACAUAUCCACACGCUGGUGGCACUUUGGGCAUUGGAGCGGUGCAGUCGUGCGGUUGCUAUUGUGAUUUCCUCAAAAAGCAAGCGAAGCGAAGACUCAAUUUUACGUAGGACGCAGUCUUCGUUGAACUAAAAACAAGCGCUUUCUAGUCAAAGAGACGGCAUAUACAUUACACUUGCCACAUUUUUUGGUGCGUGCAGCAAAACAAAAUGGUGAAGACCUUUCAAGCCUACUUGCCGUCCACGAAUCGAACGUACUCUUGCGUGCAUUGCCGUGCGCAUCUUGCGUCCCACGAUGAGCUCAUCUCGAAAUCGUUCCAGGGUAGUCAAGGACCUGCCUACCUCUUCAACUCGGUGGUGAAUGUGGGCUGUGGCCAAACCGAGGAGCGUGUGCUACUCACCGGUCUACACGCCGUCGCAGACAUAUUCUGCGACUGUUGCAAAACACCGCUGGGCUGGAAGUACGAACACGCCUACGAGAGCAGCCAGAAAUACAAAGAGGGCAAGUACAUAAUAGAAUUGGCGCACAUGAUCAAGGAAAACGGCUGGGAUUGAGCGAAGGUGUUGGUAUUUAUACGAUGGAGCAGAACGCCUAUGAUGAGACGAAGCGUAGCGAUGUCGAGCGAAUGCAGUGCGUGUUAAUGCAGAGGACAAUGUGGAUGUUAUACAAUCUAUGUUAGUGAUAUUGUGUUUGAAGAUGAGCUGGAGAUCGGUAUUGGUAUUAUAUUGCGAGGAAUAUUGGUGAAUGCGAUUGAAGUAUUUUAGUGGCUAGACAUGAAUUAUGUAGUGAUCAUUGAAGUGACGGUUUGGUAAUGUUUAAGAUGUAUUUUGUGUAUACACUUUUGACAUUAUCCUUAAAAACAAGGCGAAUGUCUGCUAUAAACCUCAAUAGAGCAAAUGUGUUUAAAUUAAAGUUAUAAUGUGAUUUUAAGUUUAAAAUUGCCACCGCCUUCUCUUAACACCAUUAAGGAUCAGAACACAAAAACACAGAACCGAUGGCCGCAUACGUUCAUAAAUCUACAUCUAUCACUAUCACUUCUGUUGUUCCUUCCUCACAAAACCGAUACAUUUUCAAUACCUUUUCAUAAAACAACACUUACAAAGAAACAUAACAAAAACAAAAGCAAACAACACUUAUAGUUAAUCCACAAGACAAGCCCUGCAGAAACUCGCUUUUGUAAACCAGUUGCAAGUCUUGCUGGUUUCAUUUCCAGAAUCGUUGAAUGAUACGAAAAGCAUAUACCCGGCAAACCGUACUAAAACUUUUGGAUAAAUAAGCAACAAAAUGAAAAAAAAAAUUCACAUUGGAUAAAUGUUGAAAUGAAAGCACACAAACGCAUGCAAUUGAGUAUCAAAGCGUAGAGCGCAGACGAUGUCGCUAAGCUAAUGGGAAUGGACGCAUAUUGUGAAGUUGAUAAUUUUGAACUGUCUUUGCUGUCACUGCCACUGCCGAUACUUUAAAUCUUCUAACAACAAUUCUACAAACUCAAACUUUUGCGGUUUACUUUUGCUGUAAACGUGACUUCUGCUGAUAGCACCAUUGAUGGCACAGCGCUUUCAAUGAACAAACUACAUGCUAACCAAAAAUCUGUAGACACGGCUUGGAUGCGCCCGCAAUUGGAAAGUUUAACUUACCUCUCCGAUUCAACGGCUCAAGUCGUAAAUACCCUCAUAUAGUUUUCGACAUUAGCACACAACCAGUCCUAACAAUCUUCAGAAAUGAAGUAAACUAUUUGGAGAAACCAGUCGCUUUUUCGUUCUAUAAUAGUUUAUGAUAAAUUAUUGAUAAAUAGCUAUUAUUUUACUGUUAUAAUUAAAGAGUAUGGUACACUAUAUAAACUUAUGUGUCUACGCGUAAUGAGUGUAAGCUUAUUUUUAUGUGUAUUCGUGACAGAGACGAUGUAUUUUUAUUUUUAAGUUUUAUGUGCAUUUUUAUUAGCUCAACAAGAACAAACAUAAUUAAAUUUACAUAGAACUGAUAUUAUGUGUAAAGUAAGUAAUAUACAUACAUAUAUGAUAGAAAUUCAAAACCUGUGUAUAUUUUAUUUUGGUAGUGCCAGCAGUUGUUGUACCUACAACAAUAAUAACGAUUACACACAACAAUUUCAUUUGCUAGCAGGCAACAACGAAGUAAACAAAAGGGCACGCAAUACAACUCCUUGUAAAGACAUUUGUUGUGACUGCCCGCCACAUUUUUCAUAAGAAGAUUGAUUGCGGUGUAUGAAUAAAUGUGUUGAAUUAACUACUGCUGUAUAAUUUAAAAUAUAUUCACUAGCAGGAAGCACACACAAUUGCUUUAAGCUUGUAAAUAGCAAAAACUACAUUAUCUACUAAAUAUACACAUUUAUGUAUGUACAUAUGUAUGUUCACGAAGUUAUUCAAAACCGAUUACUAUCGUAUUAGAACCCGACUAUUGUAUUCUAAAGCAAACGUUUGGCAAAUGCGUUGCAGCCUGUUGAGAAGAAUUAUCGAUAAUAACAGUUUGGAACGGUGAGGUGAUAUUUUAAAGCUUUCACGGAAACUUUUACGCAAAGCUCGUCGAAGACUAUAUACAAACAUUUGCAUGACAGUGAAAUAAGUAUUUGAUAAGAACGCAGUUUAAGUGAUAGCGUGAGCUUAGCGUUUUUUAAGAAAAAAUUCAAAUUGAAGUAAAACCGUUUUAACUUGCGCACGGAAUAUAAUUCCAACUAAAGUAUAAAUAUGACAAGUCAUCACCUGAAAUGUCAAAUGACCGCAUUUGUCUGACAAGUUAAGCAGCAACACAGCAAUUGUGAAAGUUAGCGUCGUUUUCUUUAAAAAUACAUUAAAAUUCGUAACAUGCUUUUAAAGUACCGCUAAAAUAUUCCGACAAAUGAUUGCAGCAAAGAAUGCUGUCGGCGUUUGGUAAAAAAUGGAAGCAGCAUUUCAUUACUGCAUUAGCUACAAGUGAGGUUAGCGCUGAACUUUUACCGGCUGGGCACAUGCUGCUGAUCUUAUUGCUUUUCAAAAAAACUUAGUAUUUUGAAGACAUGCUUAAAAUUAAUAAAUUCGGACAAAUGAAGCUUAUUCAUAAGAAACAAUAUUUUUGAAAGUUUCAAUAUCCCGUUAUUUGUUUUUUCAGGUGAUGACAUUUUCGUAUGGAGACAAAUAACAAUUGGCAAUGUGUAGUUGGUAAAGUUUUAAUGAAAUUGUGGUUUCAGGCUGACGAUGUAGUUUAAAAUAAAAUGCAUAAAAUUAAGAAUUAUAUUGCAAUUAUUAAUUUUCAUCUAAGCUAUUGAUGGAGUUAAAUAAAUACACUACUGCAAUAUUUAAUAAUUUAAUUUAAUGUUUAAAAAUAUUAACUUAAAUGCUUAACGAAGAAUAUAAACAUUUAAAUAUUUGCAUCCUAUCAGCUACGCCCGCAUAUUGAAAGUUGUGUUGUAACUAAAUUGAUUUAUCAUUUAAAUUAUCCACACCUGCGGAGGGUGAGCAGCAUUGUAAUACCCUUCUUGUCUAUAUAUUGGAGGUAUUAUUUCUUUAAUUCCGAUGUAAUUACUUUAAACUAAAUUCUAUAAAUGACAACAACUCAUAAAAAUCAAUAAGUUCAAUUUAUUUAAAUUUAUUUGUUCAGAGUAAGAAUAUUGCAACUCAAUAAAUGAUGAAUGAAUGGAAAUAUUAAAAAACUUAUGUAGAAAUGACCAAAUCAAUAGCACUGUAACUGUCACCAAUGAAAAAUAUGACGAAUGAACAUGCAACAACUGUUAAAAAGUCUUAGCAAUGCGGCAUAAAACAUUUAAAUUUCUUUAUAAGUUUCGAAUUAAAAGAAUCAAAAAUAAUAAUAUUUUCUAAAUAUUGCUAAUGUCGCUUUCAUUUGCUUAAAAUCUAAGAGAAAACUCAUUUAUCCACAUUAAAAUGAACAUCAAAUCGCUUUAAUAUAGUAUGUAAACAGCUUGCGAGCAUUUAAUUAUAUGGUAGUAUAGCAUAAAACUGUAAAUAAUGCAUAUACGUAUAUAUAAAAAACUGCCAAGAACAAAUUCGCGUCAUAAAUGUCGUUGGUUCUCUAAUAACAAAUUAACAUACAACCAGUUAGAAUAUCGAAUUAGGCGAUAUAUAUUUUAAUAUAGGUUUAUACUUUAGAAAAGAAAUCAUUGCAUCUCCUUUUGAGUUAAAUUAUUGCGACCUUAGAGACAAAAUACUUGGAAAAUGCUGUAACAAGAAAUAUAAAAUUCUAUAGUUUCAAUGAAAAUAUUACGAAACUACAUUCCCGUUAACUACUAAUUGCAUUAUAUAUCCGUCAUUAAUCUAAAUUCUUAAAAACAAUAUAAAUAUAUAUUCAAAAACUUUAAUUUUCGAAGAGUUAAAGCAGUUCGCAAAGAAAAAACCAAAAACCGUUUGAAACAUUAAAGAAUGGGUUAAUGAUACACAAUGCAAUAAAAUUAGAACGUUCUAAACUGUGCUUCUGUUUUUAAACAAAAGAUAAUUGUAUAAAAAUGUACCAAAUUCGAGGUGUGGCUUAAAACAAUUUUCCAAUGACCAGCAAACUUUUUAUGUAUUUGUUGACUGGCUAAACAAAAUAAUAAAUAUAUACACAUAUGUAUAUCAAUAUCUAUUUUCUCUACACUAUCAUCAUAGAUGUAUCAUAAAUAUUAUAAUUGAAAUAUGAAUGUACUAUCAGCAUAUGAAAGAUUAUAUGCCGAUUUUAUUAAGAUAAAGUUAUGGCUUUAUUUAGCGCGGAAACACUGGCACGCCAUAAAACAUGCUAUUUCAUACAAAAAUUGUUUAUUGAUUCCCUCAAACAUAGCCGAAUACAUAAAUACAUCCGAAAAUAAUUUCGCUGUUCACACACACAUAUACAUAUAACACAUACACAAAUUGUAGCUACUUAGUUUUAGGUUAUAAUUGAUGGCAAAACGUGAUAAAUAAAUUAUUAAUAUACAGUAAUAUACAGAAAAUUAUAUGUA